AUGGUCAUGUCAGUCCCAGACAGACCUCUGGGCUGUCCACCAGGUUUGGAGUACCUGGCCCAGGUUGACCAGCUUCUAGUUCAUCAGAAAAUUGAAUUAAUGGAAGUUCUCACGGGAUGGGAGACCAAUAAUCAAUAUGUUGUGAAAAAUAGUUUAGGACAGCAGGUCUUUUUUGCUGCUGAGGAGAGCAGUUUUUGUACUCGCAUGAUGUGUGGACCACUGCGUUCCUUCCUGCUUCAUAUCCAGGAUAACCUGGGACAGGAAGUGAUGACUUUAUCCCGCCCCCUCAAAUGCAGUAGUUGUUGCUUUCCUUGCUGUCUGCAAGAGCUGGAGGUCCAGAGCCCCCCGGGGAGCCCUAUUGGUUAUGUAAUACAAAGCUGGCAUCCUUUCUUCCCGAAAUUCACCAUCCAGAAUGAGAGAAAAGAACCUGUUCUGAAGAUUGUGGGGCCAUUCUGUGAUUGCAAAUGUUGUUCUGAUGUUAAUUUUGAGGUGAUGUCACUGGAUGAGUCAUCAGUGAUUGGUCGGAUUAGUAAACAGUGGUCAGGAUUUGAAGCAGAAGCGUUUACUGAUGCAGACAACUUUAGUUUACAGUUUCCAGUGGAUUUGGAUGUGAAAAUAAAAGCAGUAAUAUUAGGAGCCUGCUUUCUUAUUGAUUUCAUGUAUUUUGAACAGAUAAAGGGCGAAGAGAAAACAGCUCUGUGUUACUGUCGCCCACUAAAAUAACAACAAUAAUAAUAUAUAAAAAAACAUGUAAGUAAAGGACUACAACGCAAUAUCUACGGCAUCAGUAUCCACAGCACUUCAGUUUGAACAAGUAACAGGUGAGUUUUUAGCAUAUUAAAUUAAUGAAGCAUACACUAAAAACGUUUUGUCAGUUAACCUUUAACGUCAAAACUAAGACGGAAUAAAUCGGAUGAAGUUAUACAUAAACGAAGUAGCAUAGAAAUCAGCUAGAAAUAGACCUUUAAAGUAACAACUGCAUGUUUACGUUAUAGUAUUUCUAAACCUCUGGAUUAACCGAAUUAUCAUGUUAUGUAGGAUUAUGUCUAGGCAGGCUAU